AUGUCCCUGGUAGAUUUGGGAAAGAAGCUUUUAGAAGCAGCACGAGCAGGUCAGGAUGAUGAAGUUCGGAUUUUGAUGGCAAAUGGAGCUCCUUUUACAACAGACUGGUUGGGUACAUCUCCACUUCAUCUAGCUGCACAAUAUGGGCACUAUUCAACCACAGAAGUAUUACUCCGAGCUGGUGUAAGCCGAGAUGCCAGAACUAAAGUGGACCGAACUCCAUUACACAUGGCAGCAUCUGAAGGCCAUGCAAGUAUAGUAGAAGUUUUACUUAAGCAUGGCGCUGAUGUCAAUGCAAAAGACAUGCUAAAAAUGACAGCACUUCACUGGGCUACAGAACAUAAUCAUCAAGAGGUGGUAGAACUUUUAAUUAAAUAUGGUGCUGAUGUCCACACACAAAGCAAAUUUUGUAAAACUGCUUUGGAUAUUUCAAUAGACAAUGGAAAUGAAGAUUUGGCAGAAAUAUUACAGAUUGCAAUGCAGAACCAAAUAAAUACAAACCCUGAGAGCCCUGACACUGUGACGAUCCAUGCUGCAACACCACAGUUUAUCAUUGGACCUGGAGGGGUGGUGAACCUAACAGGUCUGGUAUCCUCAGAAAAUUCAUCCAAGGCAACAGAUGAAACGGGAGUAUCUGCUGUUCAGUUUGGAAACUCAUCUACGUCAGUAUUAGCUACAUUAGCUGCGUUAGCUGAAGCUUCUGCUCCAUUGUCCAAUUCUUCAGAAACCCCAGUAGUGGCUACUGAGGAAGUGGUGACAGCAGAAUCAGUAGAUGGUGCAAUCCAACAAGUUGUUAGCUCUGGGGGUCAGCAAGUUAUUACAAUAGUUACAGAUGGAAUUCAGCUUGGUAAUUUGCACUCAAUUCCAACCAGUGGAAUAGGUCAGCCCAUCAUUGUAACCAUGCCAGAUGGACAACAAGUAUUAACAGUACCAGCAACAGAUAUAGCUGAAGAAACCGUUAUAAGUGAAGAACCACCAGUCAAGAGACAAUGUAUUGAAAUUAUAGAAAAUCGGGUGGAAUCUGCAGAAAUAGAAGAGAGGGAAGCACUUCAGAAACAGCUGGAUGAGGCAAAUCGAGAAGCACAAAAAUAUAGGCAACAGCUUCUAAAGAAAGAACAAGAAGCAGAAGCCUAUAGGCAGAAAUUAGAGGCCAUGACCCGUCUCCAGACUAACAAAGAAGCUGUGUAAUUGAAAUGGACAAUAUAGUUUGAUUUUUACCUUGGGUCAAGAAAAAGAGUACAAUCUUGAACUGUAUACCCCAUAUAAGUACGCCAUGGGA